AGCUUUGUUUUCUUCUCCUUCACAUAUCAUGAUUUCAGUUAGAUGAGUUCUAUCUAUUUCCCUACCUGGUUCCGGUUUAUGCCUAACCGGAUUGCUUUGUUUGGGCUUCGACAUAAGUUUUAUAGUGGACCACUCAUUAUAGGCCUCAUAUGUUAGCGUUGUUAUAACUUAUAAGUUAGUUGGUGGACAAAUUUUGGCAGGAGAACUUCGAACGUCUUUAUCUUUGAGGUUUUUGGUAGUAUCUUGUUUGAUGCUUUUCUUCUUCUCUCCCUCUUGAUUCCAUCUGAUCUAGCAGCUAAAGACUUUGGCAUCUAUUCGUUUCUUGAAUAGGCAAUAAAUCUUUGUUGGAAUAAAGAAGAGUAAACAAAGGCAACAACAAAAUCAUAUGCCAAUUAAACCGGACCGGUUCCACCUGACCUGAAUUGAUCGAAGUAUAAGCUUGCUUGGUAUAAAACCUCCAACAGGUUCCCAUUUUCCUGAGUUCUCUGUUCCUAAUUAGUCCUAUUCCUAACACAUCACUCUUUUUGCACAAAGAGAUGAGCUCCCAAAUCUGCAGAUCAGCUACUAGGGCAGCAAGAUCUCUUCUUUAUUCAUCUAAGAACACUCGUUUCUUCUCCGAAGGUAGAGCCAUUGGUGCAGCAACAGUGGUUUAUGCGUCUGGAAAAAUCCCUCAUUAUGCAUCGAACUUUGGACAAUCAGGUCCUGGCUUCACCUCUAAGAGCUGGAUUACUGGUCUCCUCGCUCUUCCUGCCGCAGCCUUCAUGAUCCAAGAUCAGGAAGUCCUUGCUGCUGAGAUGGAACGCACUUUCAUCGCUGUCAAACCUGAUGGAGUGCAUCGAGGGAUGAUAUCAGAAAUCAUCACCCGGUUCGAACGCAAAGGAUUCAAGCUUGUUGGUAUCAAGAUCAUGGUUCCUUCAAAGGGUAUCGCUCAGAAGCAUUACCACGCUCUAAAGGAAAGACCUUUCUUCAAUGGCUUGUGUAACUUCCUUAGCUCUGGCCCUGUUGUUGCCAUGGUGUGGGAAGGUGAAGGAGUGAUAAGAUACGGACGUAAACUGAUUGGAGCCUCUGAUCCUCAAAAAUCUGAACCUGGAACAAUCCGAGGCGAUCUUGCAGUUGUUCUUGGAAGGAACAUUAUCCAUGGAAGUGAUGGACCAGAGACAGCAAAAGACGAGAUUAGUUUGUGGUUUAAGCCUGAAGAACUCGUUUCUUACACCAACAAUGCUGAGAAGUGGAUCUACGGCCAGAACUAAAACCUAACCACCUCUGUUUCCUCCCUCUCUUUUUCAGCCUUUAGAUCAAAAUGCAAAAAAUGUCAUCAGAAAAAGAAAAAAUACUUACUGUUUGUUAAUCAUUUGUAAACAAAUAAAAAUCGAAAAAUCACCGUUUUACUGUGUUAAAUGGUGUGCUAAACCCUUAUGAAAUGCACUAAUCAAAUUUGAUUACCGGAA